GAGUACUGUCACCUGUUGAUUACUCGUAGUGGGCCGCUCCCAUCGUUCCAUCAAAAAGAAGAAUGGAGCAGUACACAUCUGUGCCGACUUCUCCACUGGACUGAACGACGCAUUGGGACUGAACCGACAUCCGCUGCCCCCGAGGCAUCUUCACCAAGCUAAAUGGAGGAACCUUCUUCACGAAUAUCGGCCUCCUAGAAAUGGACGACGAGAGCAAGGAAUUGCUGACCAAACACAUCUUGUGGGCUCUUCCGCUACAACCGACUACCGUUCGGUGUGGUCGCUGAUGAGCAACGUCACCGCCGACAUCAGUGGAGCCGUCGCCUAUUUGGAUGAUGUUGUGGUCACCGGGAGGUCUCGUGAGGAGCAUUACGCGAACAUCGUUAAGCUAUUCCAACGUCAAGACUAUGGAAUGCGCGUUCGCCGCGAA